GGGCCGCGCGCGCGCCCAUGGCCGCCGUGUUCCUCGUGACGCUCUACGAGUACUCGCCGCUCUUCUACAUCACCGUCGUGUUCGUGUGCUUCCUCGUCACCAGCGGCCUGGUGCUGGGCUGGUUUGGGUUGGGUGUUCCCGUUAUCCUGAGAAACUCCGAAGAGACAGAAUCCAGCACCAGAGUACUGAAAAAGCAGAUGAGACAAGUGAAGAAUCCUUUUGGGUUAGAAAUUCCUCAUCCUUCUAGAGCUUCAGUAACAAAGGGUAUAGCUCUGACACCUGAUUGUCUGGAAGACUGUGUUCUUACCUGCUACUGGGGCUGCAGUGUUCAGAAACUCCAUGAAGCGUUGCAAAAACAUGUCUACUGCUUCAGAAUAAAGACUCCGCAGGCAUUAGAGGAUGCUCUCUACAGCGAAUACCUCCAUCGACAACAGUACUUCAUAAAAAAACAUGACAAGGAAGAAAAAUAUUGUCAGUUACCAGAAGAUGCUCAAGUUGUUGAUUUUGGCCCAGUGCCUAGAUCUCGCUAUCCAUUGAUAGCUUUGUUGACUUUAGCUGAUGAAGACGAUAGAGAUAUAUAUGAUAUUAUAUCAAUGGUGGCUGUAAUUCAUAUUCCUGAUGAGAGCUACAGACUUUCCUGCAGAAUAUUGUAUCAGUAUCUACUUCUAGCCCAAGGUCAAUACCAUGAUCUUAAGCAGCUCUUCAUGUCUGCAAACAGUACUGCACCAUCUUUGAGCGAUACUCCCCCUGAUGAGGCCAGCACUGACCGAAGCUUGCUGGAAAAGGUCGGGCUGGCUGAAGAUGAAUCAGAAUUGCAUGAAGAAAACAGCAAAGACUGUGUUGUCUGCCAGAACGGCACGGUGAACUGGGUGCUCCUCCCGUGCAGGCACACGUGCUUGUGCGACGGCUGCGUUAAGUAUUUCCAGCAGUGUCCAAUGUGUAGGCAGUUUGUUCAAGAGUCUUUCCCACUUUGCAGUAAGAAGGAGCAAGAUGAAGAUGAAUCAACCCAUAUCUUGCAAGAUGUUCUCCCCGGAAGAGUAUUUUAAUGGAGGAAAAAAACAGAAGAAUUGUGUGCUACAAGAUCAAAUGUAGAAAAGAGACUGUUUAUGGGAGGAUACGUAGCAUUAACUUUUAGGGUUUGCUUUUAAGUGUAAAGUAAUUUUCAGCUCUUUAUUCAUUUUUUGCUCCAUAUGCACACAGGAACAGUACAUUUAUCUCUGCAGUGUGGACAGAAGAAGUG